GUUCCCCCUUGUGACUUUUGCCUUAUCUUUACUCGUAUAUGAAAGUGUAUAAAAUCUCACCUUAAGCCAAUCUAUAGUCACAUAAACGAAAACAACAGUAGCAAUGAAGCAUUUAAUCUUCGCCAUAGCCAUCUCUUUCGUGUUUGCGCAACACCAUCAUGACAUCGCGCAGUUAGUCGACACAGCGUUUCUCCGGCUAGAUCUUCACCCUAAAGAUGGCCUUCUGGAAAUGAACGAAUUAACAACUAUUUUUACACAACGGGAUACAGACGGAAAUGGAAAACUGUCAUACGUCGAAUUUACAGCCCAUGCUCACGAUAACCCUAUGCGACACGAUUUAUUCAACUACUUUGACACCAACAAAGAUGGAUUUCUAACAAAGGAAGAAAUGGUAGAUAACAAUUACCAUGCAAUGGAUCAUAACGGUGACAAUCAAGUCUCGAGAACUGACUUUGACCAUUACUACACAAAUAUAAUACACCACCUUCUUCAACAACAGCAACAUGGGCAUUGAUGUUAAUCUUUAUCAAAUAUAUUUAUCACAAAACAAUGAAA